AUGUACUCGCGCGAAGUGCAAGUGUUUCUAGCCGUGUGCUCGAAUGGCGCCUUGUCGCUGCAGCUCUUUGCUCUAAGUACGCGCCUGCUCUGGGUCAACUGCGGGUUUCUUAAGCUCUUCAAGCUUCUGUGGAGUAUCUUGAGCACGGCAACGUACUCUGGCGAAAGCAAGCUCAUGGGCUACCUCAAUUUUACGGGUGUCACAUCGCUCUAUUUGAGUGCAAUUUUGCUCUUCUACAUUCCGCCGUUCAUCGAGUACAACAACCAUAUUCGACAAGACAUUCGAAAUGCGUUUGAAAGACUCGAUGGGACACCCGUCAGCUAUUACGAAAGCUUCUACAUUCGCAGCAGCGGCGCAAUUGUCGGCGGCUUGCUUCUCAACGUGCUUUUAGCCGUCGGCCUCGAUCAACUUGUGAACCGGUCGUUCUGGAAACUCCUCGCGACCAACUCGCUCGCGCGCCAAGCCAUGUACAACUCGACGUCGAUCCUCAUGGACUACAUCAUUGACAUUGAUCCGAAGCUCCUGGAGCAGCGGUCGAAAUCGAAUGCCGUCAUCUUUUGCAAGGCGCGUCGACUCUGCACGCUCCAGUGGUUCCUCAUGUCCCACUUGACGACAUUUGGGCUGCCCGAGAAGGAGCUCCGCGUCAAGAAACUGCAACCACAAGGUGGUGCGAGCAAGAACGCGACGCAAGCCUCGGGGCUCCUCACGCAAGCCGAGACGGCUUCCGAAAAGUCCGAGAAGCCGACGGCCGACCGGUACCUUGUGGUGCAGGACAGCGGGCGACACGUGCACCUGCUCGACGCCGACCUUCGUGAUGUGAAGAACUUGGUGAUCAACAUCAAGAUCCUCAAAAACACGGCCGUCUCAAUUUACUAA